AUGUCCAAGAGCAAAGGGUCAGCAGAGCAUAGUCAACCUGAUGUCACCACGGGUUCCUCAAAUAUCAUCAAAGUGACCGUGAAGACUCUCAAGCAGAAGGAGCAGCUUGAGGUUGCUCAGAGCAGCACCAUCCAGGAGUUUAAGGAAGAAGUUGCCAAGCGUUUCAGAACACCCCCUGAUCUGCUGGUCCUGAUAUUUGCUGGGAAAAUCCUCAAGGAUCAAGACACUUUGAGCCAGCAUGGAGUUCACAGUGGGGUCAGCAUCCACGUUGUGAUCAGGUCCCAAAAGAGACCGCAGGACGGCCUGGCCGAUCAAGGAAGAGUGACCACCCCAAUGCAACCUCCCAGCCACAGCCUGGAUCUGAACAUCAUCAACAACAACUCAUUCUUGCUAGGGUUCCUCCUUGGGGUAACGGGUGUGCAGCUCCUGUCCCCAGACUCAACAGACAUGCUGGACUUGGUGAGUAGCAUUCAAGAACAAGACGUGUCCAGCUUGGUAAGUGAGACGGUGCAGAGUACUGUGCUGCAGAACAUCCUUGACAACGCCGACCUUGUCAGGGAUCUCAUCAUGUCCAACCCUCAUAUGCAGCAGCUGGCUGAAAAAAAUCCUGAGAUCAAUCAGAUUCUCACCAACCCACAAACCUUCAGAGAAAUGUUAGAGGCCUCCAGCAAUCCUGCCAUAAUGCAAGAGGUGAUAAGGAACCACGACGUGGCCAUGAACAACCUCGAAAGCAUCCCCGGUGGGUACAGCGCUCUGGAGCAGCUGUACAGGGAAAUCGAGGAGCCCAUCCUGGAUGCUGUGCAGGACCAGUUGGGCAACAACCCCUUUGCUUCCUUGGACAGUAACCCACCCCUGAGCGGAGCCAGGCUACCGGCCCAUACCGAAAACCGGAGACCAUUACCCAACCCUUGGGCUCCGCGGUCUGACAGAGUCCGUGAUAACACAGGUGACUAUGAUGGUCAAUUUGCCAGCAGCAACGCAGCCAACAGUUACGCCUUGCUGAGUCUGAGUCCCGCAGCAGACUCAGUGCUAGCAGGAGACCCAGAACUCCUGCACAACCUGGGGAGGGCGUUAACAAGCCCCGACAGCCCAGCACAAAUGCUGCUGAACAGUGCUUACGUGUCAAGCGAUGGGAAUUCUCCAUCUCACCAGGCACAGCAGCUGCCACCGGAGAUGGAGAACGCUGAGAUUUCGUCCCUGCUGAGAAACCCCAGGGCACUGCAGGCGUUGCUACAGGUCCAGCUGGGAUUACAGACCCUCUCCAGAGAAGUACCUGAUUUUAUACUUAGUUUGGAGGACUCUCAUGUGGAGCUGGAUCUGGAAAGCACGGACGACUCGGCACAAAGCAGUAUGUCUGAGUGCGAUGCAAUUUUGGUGUCAGAUGAGGAUGAAGAAGAAGGCCAGGUGGAGACGCAUGAGGAGGCGCUACAGGCCAGAUUUAAGAGGCAAAUGGAGCAGCUCAGUGCCAUGGGCUUCCACGACCAAGGUGCAAACUUGCAGGCACUGAUUGAUGCAGAGGGAGACAUCAGUGCAGCAAUGGAGAUACUGGCAAAAGCACCAUCAUCACCCAAGACACCGUAG